UAAAUUUGAAAUAUAAUUUGAAAAAGGUGAACCAGGAAGUUCCUAUCCAAUGAAACACCAUAAAAGGCCUAUCUUGUAGCCAAGUCAGCAAGAGUCUAUCCGGAUGAAAAAAAGAAAUGAGUGGCUCAGCACUUGAAACAUUAACAAGCCAAGAAAAUAUCUAAUCUAUAUUCUCUCCUCUCCUCACACUAAUAAUCAGUAAUUAGCAAUGUCUUCCUCAACCUCAUCUUCCACUUUCUCUAUAUCCUCUUCAUCCACACUUAUUGAUGGCAAGCAUCCCUGCAGACAAUCACCAGCUUUAUCUCCACAAUGUGUUAGCCUUCCAACUCUUCCACCUCCACCUGUUCACUCUCACACUCGUCCAUGGAAGACCACUGCUUUCUGUCGCAAGAUUGGUCGGAAUGUUAUGUCAAUGGCUUCAAGUGCGACAACAGAGGCAGAGGCAGAGACAGGCAUAACAGCAGUUGAAGAGGUUGCCACAAGUGACCUCAGUGAUUCUGCACCAGAAUUAAUAAAGACAAUUCAACAAGCUUGGGACAAAGUUGAAGACAAAUAUGCAGUGAGUGCAGUAGCUGUAGCUGGUGGUGUUGCAUUAUGGGGGUCAGCAGGGUUGAUCUCAGCAAUUGAUAGGCUUCCUUUAGUUCCAGGGGUUCUUGAAGUAGUAGGCAUUGGCUACACUGGGUGGUUUGCAUACAAGAACCUACUUUUCAAGCCAGAGAGGGAAGCUUUGAUACGAAAAAUAAAAGAAACGUAUAAAGAGAUUACUGGGAGCAGCUAAAAGAGUGGGGAAAUUGGAGGUAUCUCUAUCUUGCAGUUGCACCAUUCAAUUGAAGAUGUAAUCGUGCUUCAUUUGCCUCACUAUAAAAUCUUCACUUUCUGACCAUAUAAUGUAAUCUAGCCACAAAAUAAAUGUAACUACUUUAUUAUUACUAUAUAUUUUAAUUUAAUAAUCCAUUUCAAUUAAAUGCCAUUUCUACAGCUAUCA